AUGCUGUCCAAGCUAUUCCUCUUUGCAAUUGUGCUAUCAGCAGGAUAUGCUAAGGAAAAGUCACCGAAAAUUGUCGGUGGAGAGGAAACAAAUAUAGAAACCUAUCCAUACAUUGUUCAAGUAGAAACCUAUAAUAGAUGGACGGGGUGGUUUCAAAACUGCGCGGCCAAUAUCCUGAACACGAACUGGAUUAUGUCAGCAGCCCAUUGUUUUGAGGGAGCUGAUUACUCGCCCAGCUUUAAACGAAUCAGGGCCGGAUCAAGUCUCCGAAAUACUGGUGGCAGUGUUCACUACGUGGACUAUGAAAUCAAUCACCCAGAAUACCGAGUUUUUUCGCGGUACGAUGGUGAUAUAAACGUUGUGAAAUUACUUACUCCUCUUGUCGAAACAUUGUCAGUCCAAAGAGGUACUCUGGUCGCUCAUGGCUUUGCUCUUCCGGAUAAUUACCCCGUAAUUCACGCUGGAUGGGGACAUACUAGAGUUGGUGGAAGUCCUUCCAAUGUGCUUCUCCAUACGCAGAUGUACACAAUUAACAACACACUAUGUGCCACUCGUUAUCAGCAAGUAAAUGGUGUUGUUACACCGAACAUGAUUUGCGCUGGUCUCUUAGAUAUCGGAGGUCGUGAUGCUUGCCAGGGAGACUCUGGUGGUCCAUUAUACGCUUCUGGCCAGAAUGGACAUAUUAUUGUUGGUGUCGUAUCCUGGGGACGAGGAUGUGCCGAUGCAUUUUACCCUGGAUUAAGUACUAACGUUGCUUCUUAUACCAACUGGGUACUGGAAAACGCUCGCUAA